UGCCCAAGUCUACCGGGUGACAUGGCGGACCCGGCUGCGCUUACUCUAGGAGCGGCCGGCCUCCGUGUUUACUCCCGAGAACUAGCCGUUGCGCCGACGACCGUUAAGCUCCCUGCGAAAAGGCUUUCGAACCCCCUCGGCCUCUCCGCUCGCCACGAGCUCCCUUUCCUCCUCCCACCCUUCCAAACGACGACGACCAUGGUUGCGAGGAGCCCCAACGCCAAGCAGGACAGGCAGACGGCCGCAGCCCUCGCCGCCGCCGCCGCGCUCAACCCCGCCCUCGUCAGGGAAACGCUCAAGAAGGUGGACCGGUGCAUGGCGCGGCUGCAGGAGCUACAGUACACGGUGGCCGGUGGCUCCAAGGUCGUCUCCGACGUCAGCCUCAGCCCGCGCAGCACGCGAGGGUACCUCCGCACCAGCCUCCGAUGCAAGCAGGAGACCGUCAGGCAAGUCUCCGGAUCAUGUUUUCCGUCCGAUUCCGUCCGAUUUUGAAUUCUUGGCUUACAGAUGCGAGUUCUCUCUCUCUCUCUCUCUCUCUCUCUCUCUCUCUCUCUCUCUCUCUCUCUCUCUCUCUCUUGCCACCGCAGGAUGAGAGGCGUCGCGUCGGCGCAGAAGAGAUCCCCCAACGGAAAGUUCGGCGGCGCGCAGUGGCGGCGGGUGUCGCUGCCGGCGAUGCUCCUCGGCGAGACCGUGCUGGAGAUCGUGCAGGCCAGCCAGUUCGCACGGGACAUCGUCGCGGUGGCCGACGGCGCUGCCGGUACGAACCGCGAGCCCCCUAGGACCCCGAAACCGGUGCCCAGGACAAUGAAGGCGACGGUCGAGCAGACGCCGCUCCGCGCGCGCCGUGCCCGGGAGAAGCAGAGCCAAAGGGGCGCAGCGGCGCGACCCGAGGCCGCCACGCCGCCGUCGCGCGGUCGCGUGCGUUCCCGGAUCCAGUUCAAGCCUGUCUCACCGCUUAGCGUCGGCCGGCCGUCGUUGUCCGCCAACCGAGUAUCCCCCAAGAACCGGCUGUGGGCCAAGAAGACGGUGAUGUUCCCCAACCCCAUGUUCCACGCCUCCACCUCCGCCGCCGCGUGCGCCUCGCCGUCGCCGUCCAAGAAGCAGAAGCGGUUGUACAAGACGCGGUUCCCGGUCAUCGCUCGGCAGACGCCGCACAAGUUCCUUGUCAAGUCACCACCGAGCGCGCUGGGGUCCAAGCUCAGGAGCCACGGGAAGGCCCUGCCCGCGAGACCCGUCGCCGCCGUGUCGCCGCCGCCAGCAACACCUGCCAAGAGCCGGCGGUGCUCGUUUUCGCCGUCAAGGUUAGCGACAAGGCUCGUGUCGCCGAUCAAGGCGAGGCUGUCCCUGAACAGGAGCCGUGACAGCGGCGUCGGGGCAGGUGGCGGCCCGAUGAGCGGGCUGAAGCAGCGGCCGGGUGUCAGCUUGACGGCGCGGACCGUGUCGAGCAGGAUAUCGUCCUUGAGGUGAGAGGGCCAUCUUGGUUCGUCUUCAGCGUAUUGCGAAGACGAGUACAGAUUGCAGAGGGAGAAGAGCACUUGUGUUGAUCUCCGGAAUAAGAUAUGCCCUUCUGGGGAAAAUUCCUUUCUUGGGGAUAAUACUAGGCGGUCUGCUCGACCGAAUAAUUGAAAGGCAAAUGCACAAUCAUAGGACAAUCUGUUUUUUUCAUUGAUCUUUUAGCUGGCAGCAUAGGACAAUCUCUGACAGAGGUAGAUGAGCAGGUUCAUUCCCUGACCUCUUAAACCCGGAGCAGAGGUAACUGGAGACCAGCCAGCAAAGCAACUGAAAUCCCUUGUUCAGCGUGAAGUAGCAACUGAACAUCAGCCGGAACGGAACAAUCAAGGAUCAUCUGUUGUUUGUCCAGCUGAAUACAUCGAUAAGGCAGUGGUUAUAC